CUCUGACGUUUCUGUCUAUGGAUUGUUUAGACGUCAAAUUUGUCGUUUUGACGUACUACAAAUUAAGACUACAAAAAAAUUAAAAAACAUCACAAUCUUUUCUGUAAACUGGCCUGUGAAUAGAAUAAAAUUAAAUUUUAAUCCAAAAAAAACUUAAAAACAAUACCAACAUGGUUUGCGUUCCGUGUUUUAUCAUUCCAGUUCUGUUGUUUUUGUGGCACAAAUUCAUUCAGCCUUAUGUCUUACGUUUCUGGAAUCCUUGGGCCGUUAAAGACGCUGAUGGAAAUGUGAAAACUGAUUUCCCAUUCAGUUGUGAAGGCGGAGUCUGUUCAUUUGGAAAGAAACAGGUUAAGAACAAAACUGAAAUCACGGAGCCGGAACCAACAGAAGAGAAUAUUCUACAACAUAGACACGAUAAUCGAAUAAAAACUGAUUAAACGUAUGAAUGAAAAAUAUGAAUAGAAUAUUCUAGAACAAAU